GUGCCCUAACCCAUUGUCGGAGAGAGAUAGAGAGAGAGAUGUCUCGGUCGUUGGUGCAGCCGAUAGGGCAGAAGAAACUAACGAACGUGGCGGUGGUGCGUCUGAAGAAGCACGGCAUGCGUUUCGAGAUCGCUUGUUACCCUAACACCGUCCUUUCUUGGCGUUCCGGCGUGGAGAAGGACAUCGAUGAAGUGGUGCAGUCUCACACCGUUUAUACCAAUGUUUCGAAAGGGGUUCUGGCCAAGUCUAAGGAUUUGAACGCAGCGUUUGGGACAGAUGACCACUCCAAGAUAUGCCUAGAGAUUUUGAAGAAAGGGGAACUUCAGGUUGCUGGGAAAGAGAGGGAAUCGAUGCUGUCAAAUCAGUUCAGGGACAUUGCUACAAUUGUGAUGCACAAAACUUACAAUCCAGAGACUCAGCGCCCUUACACUAUCAGCAUGAUCGAACGUCUCAUGAGGGAAAUCCAUUUCGCUGUUGAUCCAAACAGCACCUCCAAGAAGCAGGCUCUGGAGUUGAUUCAAGAGCUUCAAAAGCACUACCCUAUAAAACGGUGUCCGUUGAGAAUAAGAGCUGCUGCUCCUGAGGACCAAAUCCCUUCCCUUCUAGAAAAGCUUAAUGAGUGGAAGGCAACUGUUCUUUCUAAAGAAGGAUCUGCUGCUCAGUUAUCUGUUGUUUUUGAAUUGGAACCUGGUCUAUAUAAGGAUUGUCAUGACUUUGUUAUGAAUACCAUGCAUGGAAGAUUUGAAGUUCUUGCACACUCUCUAUAUCUGGAGGGAGAUACCCAUGUGGAGCAAUACAAUGAGCAUGAGGAUAUGCCUGCCCCAUUGCCCAAAGAAACUCGGGAAUCUGUGCUUGAACUGAAUGAUAAACUUCAAAAGCAAACAAUUUCAUCUACGAGUAGCCCUAGUGAGGCACAACAACAAAAGCAAAACAAGUGCAACACAUGCAAUGUUUCUUUUGAAGACUCUAAGCUGUACAGAGAACACCACAAGAGUGAGUGGCACAAGCACAAUAUGAAGCGUAAGACAAGGCAACUCCCACCACUUACUGAGGAAGAGUGCGUGGCAGACAUGGAAUUGGGUGACUCAAAAUCUGAUUUGAAGGAUUAUUCAUUUUGAGUUGAUAAUUAGUGUUUUAGAGAUGUUACUAGGUUAUCACAUUAUGUCAAGCCUUGUGUGUAUACUUGGUCCAAUUUUGUCAGCAUAGUCUGGGUUAUUGUAAAAUGUUAACAUGGAAAUCCUGAAAAUGAAAUUACCUCAAACAUGCUCCAUUCGAAAUUACAAAGAUUAAUGCACUUCGGUUUUUUCUUAGUCUUGCAGUAUAGUAAUGUACCAUGUAUAUGAAACUGAAGAUAGCUGUACAUUUGUUUCAUCAGGGUGGUUGUGGUUUAAGGAAAUGAAGCAACU